CUGCUAUAAAGGGUAAAUAUAACAAAAGAAAGCUAAAACUAGAUACUCUCUGUCUUCGUAUGUUCCUACUCUUUUUAAGUCUUUCCUAAGGUUAGCAUAUACAUCUCUGAAUAUUAUAAUUUGAUAACAAGUAUUGUGGUAAAUUCAUGGUGGUUAUAAGCUUCCAAGCAGUCCACUACCCAGCUCUGAAUUACUGUUGUUUACAAAGACGAAGAAUUGGCGGUAACAUUAUCCAGUGUGGAAUUGCCGAGCCAUCAGGAGAGCCGGCGCCUUUGGGGCAGAAGACAAAGUACAAUGAUGGGUUAAUUGAGAAGGCAUUCAUGACUCUGUUUGCCCGUAAGAUGGAGAAAUUUUCGGCUAAUUCCAAUAAAGCAGCUGGGGCAGAAGUCAAUAAGAAGAAAGGUUUGUUUGAUUACGAUUAUGAGAGCUUUGUGGACGUGUCAAAGAGAGUAAUGCAAGGAAGGUCUCGUGUGCAGCAGCAGCAAGCGGUUCGAGAGGUGCUCUUGUCUAUGCUGCCUCCUGGUGCCCCUGCUCAGUUUAGGAAGUUGUUUCCUCCCACUAAGUGGGCUGCUGAAUUUAAUGCUGCAUUGACAGUGCCUUUCUUCCACUGGUUAGUUGGACCUUCAGAGGUAGUGGAAGUAGAGCUAAAUGGGGUGAAGCAAAGAAGUGGAGUCCACAUAAAGAAAUGCAGGUACCUGGAGAACAGUGGGUGUGUAGGAAUGUGUGUGAAUAUGUGCAAAAUUCCUACUCAAGAUUUUUUCACCAAUGAAUUUGGGCUGCCACUGACUAUGAUACCAAAUUUUGAAGAUAUGAGUUGUGAAAUGGUGUACGGCCAAGUUCCACCACCAUUUGAAGAGGACCCAGUGGCUAAACAACCAUGCUUUGCGGAUAUUUGCUCCCUGGCAAAUCCUAGUUCCAGUGUGUGUCAUAAACUACAAGCUUGAGAAGAUGAUUCUGUUCUGCAAGAUUCAUGGUAGCAGCAAUUAAGUGCGUGUUCUCUGCUUUGAAGUUCAUUUGCCAUUGCCAGAUCCAUGUAGUCAUGUACAUUAUGGUAACUAGUCAACAGCUCUCAAGGAUGCUGAAACGUUUGCAGACCAUAAAUUUGCUCUAUUUAGCAAAUUCUGCAUCGCAUAAAUCUGAUACAAUUGCAUGACAAAUCUUCUAGAGAUUUUAGGAUUUCUCUUAUGGAAAGAAUCAUUAUGAGAUAUGUAAACAAUAUUAAUUAACAGUCGGUUGUGUUCUGAACCCUUGUGUUACUACUGAUAACUCUGCUCUCAUCAUGGAUCAGCAAGAUGAAUGUAUGAUAUGAGUUGGCAUUUGAAGACAUCAUAAACAAUAAAUUUCAUACAAUUUGGAGAAAAGUGGAUGAUAUGUGUGAUUUUAUGUAGCAGUAACUCAAUUGAUUGACU